AUGAGCCGCUCGAGGUCGGCCUCAAGGUCCAGCCGCAGCAGCUCCGACUCGGACCACUCUUCCGCCUCUUCGAACUCGCAGGACAGGAGAGUGGCCGGCAACUCUCGGUCGAGGUCAACGUCUCGUGAGAGGAGCGUUGACAAGGGGAGCGGCAGAAGCUACAGAUCACCCCUAGCUCCUCCGGUGCCGGAUAUCCGCAUUCCGAGAAAGGAUGAGUUUCGUUCAGCCAAAGACGAGGUACCAGCGCCUCCAGCAGUGCCGCAGAAGACACUCCGGGUAAGGGUGUCUAUUUCGGAGGUGAGUAAUUGGCUUAAACAGUCUCUUGAGACUUUGUGCAGGCACGACAGCGUUUCCACUCCUUCGCAGCAGGAAUGCCUUUGA